CUUUUCUCACAUCUCAAACUGACUCUCAUUAAAACUCAUGAAAUAACAAUGGAAGAAAUCGAUAAUCUUCGAAGAGAAAUCGCCAAGCGAGAGGUCGAACUCACAGAUCUUCGCUCCCAACUCGCCGCCGCAGAAUCACAAGCACGUGAAUCUAAAGAAGCGUGGAAAUGGCCACUGGAUAACCACGAGUAUGAGAGGUACAGUAGACAGAUGAUUGUUCCAAACUUUGGACUACAGGGACAACUACGCUUGAGGAAAGCCAAGGUUCUGCUCGUUGGGGCUGGCGGCCUGGGAUGUCCUGCUGCUGCGUACCUCGCCGGUUCAGGGAUUGGGACGAUCGGCCUUGUUGAUGGCGAUGAAGUUGAAGUUUCGAACUUACAUCGUCAAGUUGCGCAUUCGACGGGUCGUGUUGGUAUGAGUAAGGUUCAGAGUGCGAUUACAUAUCUCAAAGAACUUAACCCGACGAUAACUUACAAUGCGCACAACACGCAUCUUACACCGCAGAACGCUGAGGAUAUUGUAUCGGGGUAUGAUUUGGUCCUUGAUUGUACUGAUCAUCCUACGUCUCGCUAUCUCAUCUCAGAUAUCUGCGUUCUUCUCUCAAAGCCUCUUGUUUCAGCAUCUGCAUUUCAAACAUCAGGUCAACUGAUCGUUCUGAACAACCCUCCUGGAAAAGGCCCCUGUUAUCGCUGUGUGUUCCCUACCCCUCCGCCGCCAGAUAGCGUGGUUGGAUGCGGUGAGGGCGGCAUUAUUGGACCAAUUGUCGGUACGAUGGGUGUCUUACAGGCGCUGGAGGCAAUCAAGUUGAUCUCAAGAGGUGAUCUCGAGAUCCAUGGAGAUGCCAAGACACCAAUGUUGUUGCUUUUUAGUGGCAUGGCUGAUACCCCUUUCCGAUCUGUGAGGAUGAGGGGGAGAAGAAAGACAUGUCUGGCUUGUGGUGAUGAGAAUAGGUUGACGUUGGAAGAGCUAAAGAACUCAAUGGACUAUGUUCAGUUCUGCGGUGUCAAGCAACCUGUUCAAUUGCUUAAGCCGGAUGAGCGAGUCACAGCAAAGGAGUAUGAGGAGCUCUCCAAUGGAGAGAAUAAGGAUAUGUUGCUGGUGGAUGUUCGGGAGAAGGAACACUUUGAUCUCUGCAAUAUCUCUGGAUCGGUCAAUAUUCCUAUUAGCCGCUUCAUGAGCGCUCGGGGUGAAGCUACACCCGAGGGUUGGCCAAGCGAUCUGCCCCAUUCAACGCCCAUAUACGUCGUCUGCCGAGUGGGUAAUGAUUCGCAGAUUGCCGCUCAGAAACUCAAGGAUCUGGGAUUAGGGAACAACGGAGAGCGAUUUAUCGGCGAUAUUCUAGGUGGAUUCAAGUCAUGGAAGGAUACUGUUGAUCCAUCUGUACCUUUUAUAUAGACUAACACAAGAGACGCCGUCUAAAAGAGG